GUCAAAGUCAAAAAAGAAAAUAAUAAUAUUAAAAAAAAUGGGAAAUUAUUAAAUACAAGUAAUAUGUGUUACUUGAUUACAAAAUAUAACAAGAUACUAAUAUAGUAUAAGGAAUUAAUUGGGCAACAGUGUAGAAUUUGAUGAGCGAACAUGACUAUACCCGCAGUCGGAAUCGAUUUGGGAACAACGUAUUCUUGCGUGGGCGUUUUUCAACACAACAAAGUGGAAAUCAUCGCCAAUGAUCAAGGCAAUAGGACAACACCAUCGUAUGUCGCAUUCAAUGAGACAGAGAGAUUGAUUGGAGAUCCAGCUAAAAAUCAGGUAGCUAUGAAUCCAAAAAAUACUGUAUUUGAUGCAAAAAGACUAAUUGGCCGAAAGUUUGAUGAUCCAAAGGUUCAACAAGAUAGAAAACAUUGGCCUUUUGAAGUAGUAUCAGAUGGUGGAAAGCCAAAGAUAAUCGUAGAAUAUAAAGGACAGAAAAGAAAGUUUUCUCCAGAAGAAAUAUCGUCGAUGGUUCUAUCAAAAAUGAAGGAAAUUGCAGAAACUUACUUAGGCGGAACCGUCAAAGAUGCUGUUAUAACUGUACCAGCGUAUUUUAAUGAUUCCCAACGUCAGGCAACUAAAGAUGCUGGUGCAAUAGCUGCAUUAAAUGUUCUCAGAAUCAUCAACGAACCAACAGCAGCUGCUCUUGCCUAUGGAUUAGAUAAAGAUCUAAAGGGAGAGAAGAACGUACUAAUAUUCGAUCUUGGCGGUGGGACAUUUGAUGUUUCAAUUCUCCAAAUUGCUGAAGGUUCUCUUUUUGAAGUCAGGUCCACAGCUGGUGAUACUCAUUUGGGAGGUGAAGAUUUUGACAGCAGAAUGGUAGACCAUUUUGCACAAGAAUUUGAGAGAAAAUUUAAAAAGAACAUUAAAGAUAAUCCUAAAGCGUUAAGAAGACUUCGCACAGCUUGUGAGAGAGCAAAGAGAACCCUUUCUUCUAGCACAGAAGCGAGUUUGGAGAUAGACGCACUACAUGAAGGUAUUGAUUUCUAUUCAAAAAUUACGAGGGCUCGUUUCGAAGAAUUGUGUUCUGAUUUAUUUAGACAAACACUCGGUCCAGUUGAGAGAGCAUUGAAAGACGCAGGAUUAAGUAUAAAAGAAAUUCAUGAUGUAGUUAUGGUUGGCGGUUCUACACGUAUACCAAAGAUUCAAAGAUUGUUGCAGGAUUUUUUUAACGGUAAAACACUGAAUCUCUCGAUCAAUCCAGAUGAAGCUGUGGCAUAUGGUGCAGCUGUACAGGCAGCAAUCUUGACCGGAUCUAAAGAUACUCGCAUUCAAGACGUUUUGUUGGUGGACGUUGCGCCUCUUUCUCUGGGUAUAGAAACGGCUGGAGGUGUUAUGACCUGUUUAGUAGAAAGAAACACGAGAAUACCAACCGCACAGAAACAAAUUUUUACAACAUAUUCUGACAACCAACCAGCUGUAACGAUUCAGGUGUAUGAAGGGGAGAGAGCGAUGACAAGAGACAACAACUUAUUGGGAACUUUCAAUCUAUCCGGAAUACCACCAGCUCCCAGAGGAGUCCCACAAAUAGAGGUAACUUUUGAUGUGGAUGCCAAUGGAAUUUUAAAUGUAAACGCUCAAGAUAAAAGCACAGGGAGAUCCGAGCACAUCACGAUCUCAAAUGAUAAAGGUCGCCUGAGCAAGAGAGAUAUUGAGAAAAUGUUGUAUGAUGCUGAAAAGUUUAAAUCUGAAGAUGAUGCAGCUAGGAAGAAAGUCGAAGUUAGAAAUCAAUUAGAAAGCUACCUGUACGGAUGCAAAACGGCAGCUGAAAAUUCAAGCAGCAGGCUGACAGAAGACGAAAGAAACUCGGUUAUUAGAGAAUGCAAUGAUCAGCUCCGUUGGCUGGAAACUAGCCCCGAAGCCUCCAAAUCGGAACUUGAACAACAUCUGAAGUCAGCACAGUAUAUCUGUCAGCCGGCUAUGAUGAAACUCCACGGAGCUGGAGGUGGCCCCAGCUAUGCCAGACCCGAGAGUUCUGGAGGACCACGAGUUGAAGAAGUAGAUUAAUUUAUUUUUUUCAUUUCAUCGAUUUAGGCACUUGAACUGUGUUGUGCAUUGCUUACCGUUUUUUUCUUAAUUGGCAGAAAGCGCCAAAACGUUGUAUUAAAAUGUGUUUGUAGGUUUUAGUUUUUAUGAAUGACGGCUUAAGUUAACAAAAUUAUUUAAUAAAAAGAUUGUUUCAUUAGUGAUACAAUAGCUACGAAUAUAUAGUAGGAAAGGUAGCUUGGGAUUCCACAAAAGCAUUAUUAUUUAAUGUAGAUAAAUUAUUUAACACGUCACCAUGUAUUAGAAACAAGUUAAUGAAGUUUUUUGUCGCACCUUAAAAUUUUUU